AUGUCCCGCGCGAAGAAGGAGCAAGAAGCGCAGGACGCGGAGGACGCGGAGGACUACCUGAAGGCGAUGAAGAAGUGGUUGCGGGAGAAGUGGCACACGGAGAACGGGCUGCCGUUGCCGUCGCCGACAGCCGCCGCCGCCGGGGACGGGGACGCGGGGGGAUCCCCGGGCGCGGGUCCGAAGCGGCGCGGGUCCGUGGGGGGACGGAGCGCGGGGAAGAGGAAGAGGUACGCCGAGGACGAUUCCGACGCGGAUUUUUCGAUGGGCUCCGACGACGAGUCGAACUCGGACUCGGAAGACGGCGACGACGACGACGAUUCCGACGCCUCGGAGGCGGCGGACGAGCCCCAGCCGAAGAAGCGUCGCGGACGGCCUCCAGGGUCGAAGACGGGGUCGGCGGCGGCGAAGGCAGCGGCGGCGGCGGCGGCGGCGAAGGCGGCGGCAUCAGUGCCGUCGUACGGCGGCGGCGGCGGCGCGUGGGCGAGCAGUCAGCCGCCCGCGGCUCCGACGGGGGCGGUGCCGCCCGGCGCCGUCGUCUCCGCGUUUCACGGGGAACGCGCGGUGCUCGUAAAGAUCAAGUGCCACGGCCUCCAAGCCACCGCGCUGCUGCGCGUCCCGAAGGGUAGCAGCGGUCAGAGCGGCGCGGCGGUGAAGGCGGCGCCGCCGUCCCCGCGCGCGCAGAUCCACGCGCCGACGCCGCGGUCGCCGCCGCCGGGAAAACCGGCGUUCGUCCCCGUCGCCGCGUCGCCGCACGCGCCGACGCCGUACGUCCAGGGCGUCGGCGAGCGGUGCGCGCGGAACGACGGGAAGACGUGGCGGUGUAAGAUGACCGCUAUCGAGGGCGCGUCGUUCUGCGCGCAUCACCGGCAGAAAGGGAACGCGUCGCCGUCCCCGGCGCAGUCGCCGUCGCCGGCGCCGAGGCCGCCGCAGACGCGGGCGGAGGUGGCGGCGAAGGGCGUUGGGUCCGAUGCGGGGCCCGGCGUCGCGUCGAAAGCGCCCGCGGCGUUUGAAAAACACGCGUUCGGCAUCGCGCGCGAGGUGGAGCGCGAAGGCGGCGCCGUCGCGACGCGCGCGGCCCCGCCGCCCGGAGACCCCGACGCCGCCGACGACGCGACCGGCGACGCGUACUUCCGCGCGAACGCCGUCGUGUACGAGCGAGAGCACGUCUGGACGCCGUUCCCCGCGUACGAGCGCAAGCUGUUGGGGACCACGGACGCGUCCUUCGCCGAGGGGGUGGGGAAGCCGCAGGCGCAAAACGCCUUCUCGAGCGCGAGCGCGGAGGCGCAGCGGUCGAAGGACCGCGCCGCGCAGCACGCGGACGCGUUCGAGCGGCACAGAGACGCGGCGCGGGGUGAUGGGGUUGGCAGGGCGCGGGCGAUCAGGGAGCAGCUGAAGCGGUGCGCGGAGUACGUCGACGACGUCGACCGCGACGUGCGUUUGCUUCGCGACGACUGCGAAAACUACGGACGCGAGGGGUUUGAGAUUCGGAAGAAUUCGCAGACCGCGGCGGCGAUGAUGGCCGGCGGCGCGGGCGGGAGUGAUUACGUCGAGUACACCGAGAAGAUCGACCGCGCGAUCAUCCUCACCGCGAAGUGGGCGUGACGACGCGAAAGUAGCCCCUACCGUGUAGUACGACUCGAGAAACCGAAAAAAAUCAUGACCU